CCGCCGCCGCCAUGCAGAGGCCAAGUAGCGGCCAGGGCGCCGCCUUCUCCAUCGACUCGCUGAUCGGCCACUCGCCGCCCGCCCCGCGCUCCGGCCCGCUGCUCUACACCGGCUACCCCAUGUUCAUGCCUUACCGGCCGCUGGUCCUGCCCCACGGGCCGCUCCAAGCCGCCAGCGGGCUCCCCCCGCUGGCCCCGCUGGCUUCCUUCGCCGGCCGCCUCGGCAACUCCUUCUGCGCCGGCCUGGGCCAAGCCGUCCCGUCCAUGGUGGCCCUGACCACCGCCUUGCCCAGCUUCGGAGAGGCGCCGGACGGCUUCUACCCGCCCCAGGAGCUGCCGGGGGCCGGGCGGAGCAGCGCCGAGCCCCCCGGUCGCCGUCGCGGCGGGGCCGAAGCGCUGGAGAGCGGCGACCUCUCUCCGGUUCGGGACAAAGGAGCGCCGGAGCCACCGCUGCACUUCGCGGAGAACUUUCCCGGCUUGGCAGGCGGCGGCAAGGGCGCUUACAGCUCGGACGAGGAGGCGGCGGCGGCGGCGGCGGACGAGCGGCCGGGCGAGGCGGGCUGCGGCAGCGAGCGGGAGGAGGCGAGCUCGGCCGAGGCGGACAGCGACGACGAGCCUUUCCCGGAGGCUCCCGGCGGCGCGGCGGGGACGGGGGCCACGGGCAAGGCCAAGCGGGGCGCGGGCCAGCAGGCGGCGGCGGCGAUGCCUCCCCCCGGGGCCGGGCCGGCCGCCCCCUCCUCCUCCUCUUCCUCCUCUUCCUCCUCCUCGUCGUCGUCCGGGCCGGGCAAGAGCCGGCGGCGGCGCACGGCCUUCACCAGCGAGCAGCUGCUGGAGCUGGAGAAGGAGUUCCACUGCAAGAAGUACCUGAGCCUGACGGAGCGCUCGCAGAUCGCGCACGCCCUCAAGCUGAGCGAGGUGCAGGUCAAGAUCUGGUUCCAGAACCGGCGGGCCAAGUGGAAGCGCAUCAAGGCCGGCAACGUCAGCGGCCGCUCCGGCGAGCCGGUCCGGAACCCCAAGAUCGUCGUGCCCAUCCCGGUCCACGUCAACCGCUUCGCCGUCCGCAGCCAGCACCAGCAGCUCGAGCAGGCCCAGCGGCCCUGA